GAACCCGCCCGAGGCCGACGAAGACGACGAUCGAUCGACCGACGGUCAAUUGGAACUGAGCCGAAGCGCCCGCCAACCCUCCGGAAUCGCCAACCCCGACGAAAAAUGGCGAGCAAGCUGUCCCCCCUCUUCCGGACCGCCGUGCGGUCGGCGUGCCGGCGCGCAUCACAGCCCCAGAUCCGGGCCAUAUCGACGACGGCGGCAAGGCGAAGCGACACCCUUAUGGUGCACCGCGACACGGCAGACAACAACCCCGACAUACCCUUCAAGUUCAGCGCGCAGAACGAAAAGGUCAUCGCGCAGGUGCUCAAGCGCUACCCGCCGCAGUACAAGAAGGCGGCCGUGAUGCCGCUGCUCGACAUCGGGCAGCGCCAGCACGGCUUCACGAGCAUCAGCGUCAUGAACGAGGUGGCGCGCCUGCUCGAGAUGCCGCCCAUGCGCGUCUACGAGGUGGCGUCCUUUUACACCAUGUACAACCGCACCCCGGUCGGCAAGUUUUUUGUGCAGGCCUGCACCACGACACCAUGCCAACUCGGCGGCUGCGGCUCCGACGUCAUCGUCAAGGCCAUCCGCGAGCACCUCGGAAUCGAGCAGGGCCAGACGACAAAGGACGGGCUCUUCACCUUCAUCGAGGUCGAGUGCCUCGGCGCCUGCGUCAACGCGCCCAUGAUCCAGAUCAACGACGACUACUACGAGGACCUGACCCCGGAGUCGGUCAAGUCGCUCCUCACGGCCCUCAAGGAGUCGGCCGCCCCAGGCGCCGGCAAGAAGGCCAGUGUGCCCAAGCCCGGCCCCCUGUCGGGCCGCGACACGUGCGAGAACAGCGCCGGCCUCACCAACCUGACGAGCCAGCCGUGGGGCAUCGAGACGACGAGGAAAGACCUGUAGAGGAGGGUUUUGUUUUGGGGUGGGGUUUGAGGUGGUUUGGAGGGACGUCAAAAGGUCAUGGCUGGGUGGCAGGCGCUAAAGCCGUGCCCGUAACAUGCCUCAGAGGGGUUCUGAUAGCCCGUCAGGGAAAAGAGAUCGUUAUUCUCUGUACAUACAUGUCGUAUUGUGGAAAGCAAUGCAUGAGGGUGGAUAAACACAGGCCUGCCAGUCCAGCUGGUGACUAUAUGGCGGUUCUGAUGUCAUACAAAUGGGCUUUGGUACCCAGACGUGGGAAGAACAUGUCAUCCUCAAAGAAAAAAAACGUGACAACCCCUGAAAACCUAUGUAAGCCAUAGCGAGUCAUGGUCCUGAUUCUUCAACGAUCUCGGCUGUAAGCUCUUCCUUUCAGAUCUUGGGUGCAAGCGCAGAUCUACCCCUACUGA